UAUUUCCAAACAUGGAGACCAAAAUUGUCAAGCAUUCGAACGUUCUCCUUUAUGGCUUUUCUUUCCAUUUGAUUCUCACCCUGGGCUCACUUGGUUUUACGUGUUACUCAUUGAACCGACUGGACAGUCGUCUAACAGCUAUUGAGCAAAAUUUGAUGCUGAAAAGUACUCCAUAUCAACACGCAAAUGGUGCGACUAUUAAAAUUACCUCUGAGAACGCGCCUGGAAGUGGAUGGAAGACGACGGACCAAAUCGUCAAAAGAGAUAUUUCAAGUCCUUCUAUCUGUAGCAAGUGUAGAACGGUUUGUUCCAACUCGAAUACACAACAAAAUAAUAAGACACUGGAUAAAGGUCAAGAGAAGAUCGUUUGCAUUGAAGGUCGCACUGGAUCUCAAGGUCCACCAGGCCCUCGCGGUUCUCGUGGACCAGCAGGUCCCCAGGGACCUCCCGGCAGAAAAGGAAGAAAAGGAAAAAAGGGGCCACCGGGUCCCCAAGGGAAGCGUGGAAUCAAAGGACUACCAGGACCCCCCGGAAAAUCAACAGAUUCAAAAAGAGGAAGUAAUGUGCGGCAGUUAGAAAAACCACAUUUCACUACAAAACCUUCCUCUUUGACGGUUAGAGAGAAUCAAAAUGUGAUAUUGUCUUGUAAGGCAGCUGGGUUUCCAAAGCCCAUAAUAACGUGGUAUAAAAACGGACGAGUGAUCGAGCACGAGAGGAAGCAAUUUGAAGAAGGACACCUGGAAUUUAGAAAUAUCCUUUUUGAAGAUCGUGGUCUCUAUACCUGCACCGCAGAGAAUAUUUUGGGUAGAGAAAAAAUAACCGCAAAUAUCACAGUACAAGUACCAACAAAAUUCAUAAUUAAACCAGAGAUAUCUGUGACAGCUUACACAGCACGGGACUUUACUCUAAAAUGCGACAUAUUUGGCCACCCUACCCCCGUGGUAACAUGGAAAAGAACGCACGGUGAACUCCCUGUUAGCAGGCAUGUCAUUUCUGGAAACAAGCUGACAAUUCGCAACACGACAAAAGAUGAGUUUGGAAACUACAUUUGCCAAGGGGUGAAUCCGUUACAAAGUGUGAUAGGUGUGAUAUGGGUCGUGGUUAAAGAUCCAGUGAAUCCUUACAUUGUUUCGAGCCCUGUAAGUAAAAUACAGGUGCAGCGUAUUGGCGAAUCUGUUAACUUAAGUUGCUCCGCUGGUGGUACUCCUUUACCGAAAAUCCAAUGGAUCAAGGACGGACGACGAGUAAAAUCAACAGCAGAACACCACAGCAAUGGUUUGAUAAGGAGUGAGCUUGUCAUUCAUCAGUUCAAGCCGAACGAUGCUGGAAACUUCACAUGUCUAUUCUAUAAUGAUAAGAAUGCUACAGCCGAAGCUAAUACAGUUUUAGAUUUAAUCAAUUGUGGCAAUCCUGGUUCUCCACUCAAUGGACAAAAACAUGGCUCACACUAUUGGACAGGGGAAUAUGUGUCUUUCACAUGCAUGCCGGGAUAUCGACUCAUUGGACCGUCUAUGAGACUUUGUCUUCCAUCUAGUCAGUGGAGUGGAAUACAACCUUCAUGUCAAAGAGUAUGUCCUUCAUUGAAAAAACUGGAAAAUGGCUUCACUCACGGACAGCAAAACUGGGAAGGGGAACGUAUUUCAUUCAGUUGUCAGCAAGGUUACUUGCUUAGAGGAUCAUCAGAACGUCACUGCUUGGGUAAUGGAUCAUGGACAGGAGAGCAGCCUACUUGUGCAUAUGGCAAUGCCUAUGCUCUGUAUUUCCCGCGAAAAGGAACGAGCGACUAUGUUAUCUCUGGAGGUAUGCCAAGGCUAAAUGCCAUGACAGUUUGUUUAUGGAUGAAAACCACUGCAAGUAACGAAGGAGUACUGCUGAGCUACGCUGUUUCUGGCCAGGACAACGAACUGCUUCUACAUGACUAUAGGAAUUUUCUUGUCUGGGUCGGAGGCUCAAACAGACGUACCUCUGUAUCAGCAAAUGAUGGAGACUGGCAUCACAUUUGCACAACGUGGGAGAAUAUCGCUGGAUCAUGGAAAUUGUUCAAAGAUGGUCGAGUUGCAGCUUCCGGUCACGGCCUCGCAAAAGGUCACUGGAUCCGCGGAGGUGGCGUCCUUAUUUUAGGACAAGAGCAAGACUCUCUGGGGGGAAAUUUUGAAGCAAGCCAAAGUUUUAUCGGUAAACUCACAGGUGUCAACAUUUGGGGUCGCGUGAUAAGAGAAGAUGAAAUCACGCGCAUGUCUAAGACGUGUCUGAUAGGAGAAGGGGACCUCUUUCAAUGGCGCAACUUCAAAGAUAUUGUGCUAGGCUCAGUGCAGUCAAUUUACCCGUCCUGCUAA